AAGGAAGAAAAUUUGACAUGCCUAAAUUUGAUGUUUCCUUGCCUAAAUUAAAACCAUCAGGAGGUGAAGUUGACAUUGAAGGUCCCGAUAUCAAGGGUGGAAAGUUUCACAUGCCCUCUAUUGAUAUCUCUCUACCAGGAGGAGAUGUAGAUGUUGAAGGACAUGCAGGAAAAGGAAGAAAAUUUGAAAUGCCUAAAUUUGAUGUUUCCUUGCCUAAAUUAAAACCAUCAGGAGGUGAAAUCAAUGUUGAAGGCCCCAAUAUCAAGGGUGGAAAGUUUCACAUGCCCUCUAUUGAUAGCUCUCUGCCAGGAGGAGGAGCAGGAGGAGAUGUAGAUGUUGAAGGACAUGCAGCAAAAGGAAGAAAAUUUGAAAUGCCAAAAUGUGAUGUUUCUUUGCCUAAAUUAAAACCAUCAGCAGGAGAAAUCAAUGUUGAAGGCCCCAAUAUCAAAGGUGGAAAGAUUCACAUGCCCUCUAUAGAUAUCUCUCUGCCAGGAGGAGGAGCAGGAGGAGAUGUAGAUGUUGAGGGACCUGCAGGAAAAGGAAGAACAUUUGAAAUGCCUAAAUUAGAUGUUUCCUUGCCUAAAUUAAAACCAUCAGGAGGUGAAAUCAAUGUUGAAGGUCCCGAUAUCAAGGGUGGAAAGUUUCACAUGCCCUCUAUAGAUAUCUCUCUGCCUGGAGGAGGAGCAGGAGGAGAUGCAGAUGUUGAAGGACCUGCAGGAAAGGGAAUACAAUUUGAAAUGCCUAAAUUUGAUGUUUCCUUGCCUAAAUUAAAACCAUCAGGAGGUGAAAUGGACAUUGAAGGUCCCGAUAUCAAAGGUGGAAAGUUUCACAUAACCUCUAUAGAUAUCUCUCUGCCAGGAGGAGGAGCAGGAGGAGAUGUAAAUGUUGAAGGACAUGCAGGAAAAGGAAGAAAAUUUGAAAUGCCUAAAUUAGAUGUUUCCUUACCUAAAUUAAAACCAUCAGGAGGUGAAAUCAAUGUUGAAGGCCCCAAUAUCAAGGGUGGAAAGAUUCACAUGCCCACUAUUGAUAUAUCUCUGCCAGGAGGAGGAGCAGGAGAUGUAGAUGUUGAAGGACAUGCAGGAAAAGGAAGAAA